AUGGCGAACACUUCGCACAGUCAGCCAUUUGCACUGCUUCAUGGCGAGCAGCUCGAGGAGUACCGCCCAGGAGGUUUCCAUCCGGUGCACAUAGGAGACACGUUCAAAGAUGGUCGCUAUCAAGUUCUCCGUAAGCUAGGCCACGGUGCAUUUUCCACGGUAGGGCUUGCCGAAGACCUAAGCUCGGCGACAUUUGUUGCUAUCAAGAUUGGACGCUCAGACUCACCAUAUGCUGUCGAAGAAAUUCGGAUACACAAGCAUUUAGUCGCUGUCGACGAGAAUGGAGACUCAUCUGGGAGCCACAUUGUCAAACUCCUGGACAAUUUUCUACACACUGGUCCGAAUGGUCAACAUGUUUGCAUGGUCUUUGAACCUAUGGGUCCUGGUUUGAGCUCGCGCUUCAAAGAAGGGCGCAGAUCAAUGCUUGGGAUUCCUUAUGAAGAAGCUCGUAGUGUUGUGAAGCAACUGCUGUCCAGUCUCGACUACCUUCACCAACACCGAAUCGCUCAGCGUGAUCUCAACUUCGGCAAUAUCCUCAUAGCCAUCGAUCUCUCGGACCUUGCGAAAACAUUUCAAGAUAAUACAUUUUCAAAAGUUGAGAGACAUGUGUACAUGCACGAGGAUCAGCCUCUCAUAGAGUUUCUAGACAAACAUACAGCCGUCACGGUCAAGCUCUCGGAUCUUGGAGCUGCGUUCCCUUUUGAAAGGCCUCCGGACAAGCCUGUAGUUCCAGUUGCUCUUCGGGCUCCAGAGAUUGUUCUUGGCUCCGAAUACAAUCAUACUAUCGAUAUCUGGAGCUUUGGCUGUCUUGUCUUCGAAAUCUUCACAGGAAGCCAGUUAUUUGGCGUAUACCCACUACCAUACAUGACUGAUAUCGAGGUCAAUGACGGCCAUUUGCUUCAGAUGGUGAGUACACUCGGACAACUACCUCCCAGUCAAUUCGCGAAAUGGACUCGUGGAUCAAGGUAUUUUGACUCGAACAUGAAUCUGGUGCGUUCGGACGCUGGACCGGAUGAGAAGCCGUACGGUGAUCUCUAUGUCGGAUCUACACUGGAAGUGCGGUUUAUGGAGAGGAAGCCGCAGCAGAUGGACGCCGAAGAAUGUGGAUUGGUGCUUAGCUUUCUUCGAAGGGCACUCCAAUACGAUCCUUCGUCUCGUCCCACUACGAGUGAGCUCUUGAAGGACCCGUGGAUUAAGUCCAUUGUGGACGAGCUCUGA